CAUCACUCAGGUGAAGCUUUCAGAUUCCCAUGUCUCCACCCUCUCUACUCUUUCCAGCCUGAGGAUACUACUUUGACUCUGCCAGACACAGGAUCUCUCAUCUCUGACUUAACAAGGUUAUCCUGUAGGUAUGUUGGCAGAUCUGGAGACGAUGGCUUAUGUGACUGAGAUCAGGCUAAGCGCAGGUCGAGGGGCUUGGAGCGGAGUGGCCCCCUCUUCCUGCCCUGAGGUGGACCUGGAGGUCAUCGAGGAGUACCUGCAGGAGCACUCCAUGGAGGUCCAGCCUGCGCACACACCUGCUUCACCUCCGGCCACUAUGUCUCCACAAACACACGCACACUCCCACCUGGGCACCAGGAUCACAGUGAACAGCUGGUCAGGGAAGCAUCCGUAUGAGUGGCACUCUCACACUCCUCACGAGGAAUAUGCUGAGCAAGCCCUUCCCCCAGCGUGGCCUAGUCCCCAUGACAACCAAUGGGACCACAUUCCGUAUUCCCUCGGGGUCCCUGCAUACUUUGACUCAGACUCGCUGUCCAGUGGCUCCCAGUACCAUGAGUAUCGAGAUUCCCCCUCACCAUUGUCUGACAGGGGAGCAGGAAAUGACAGAGACUCCUUGCCUCUUGCCCCACUUUCAGGAAAGAGGAAGGAACGCUUGUUCCAGUUCCUAUUCGAGAUGCUCCAGACUCCAUCGAUGCGGAGCUGCAUCUGGUGGGUUCAAUCCUCCUCUGGCACGUUCCAGUUCUCCUCUGAAAACAAGGAGCGCCUGGCACAGCUGUGGGGCAGGCGGAAGGGCAAUCGCAAGACCAUGACCUACCAGAAGAUGGCGCGGGCCCUGAGGAACUAUUCUCGCACAGGCGAGAUCAAAAAGGUGAAGAGGAAGCUCACUUACCGCUUCGAUGAGAAGACACUGAAAGGCCUAAGCGGAGACUCCCAUUCAGUGUAGGACGCACGUGUAGGCAUAGAAAUGGAAUUAGUGCAAAGGAUAUUCAGAUGUUCUCCCUGUGAUUAUCCUUUCUGUUGGUUCUAAUUUUAAGGCAAGUCAAGAUAAAUGAAUACUGAGUAUUUGAAAAUCCAGAAGAUGUAGGUAUGACUGAUAUUAAAACAUAUGUAAAUCUUAAAGGUUAUCACAUUAUAUCUACUUCAUAAGUAGAAUUUAAAUUAUUAUUUUUAGACAAAAAAAGAGUGGAUUUCAGUUUUUAUGCGAUUCUGCAUUUCAGAUAUUCAGCAAAUAAAAUAACUUCUUAUUCUUUACAUAAUUGGGUUUUGUAAAUCAUGGUUUGAUUGUGUCAAAAUAUAUUUUUUAAAUUAAAUAAA